AGGCGACUCGACCCCGCGGCAUCGGAGGCGGCAAGGGGCGGCGGAGGGAGAGGGUAUCGGAUCGAUGCCAGAGCCCAGGCCAACGAGCCGACGCCGUCACGAGCCUCGCGUCGUCGAGUGAUCCGUCAAAGGCACGCGCGAGCCUCGGAGACGACUAGGGAGAAAAGCGAGGUGCGACAACAACGACAAGCGUUGAGCUGGCAGGAAGAUUCGAAGAGGAGUCGGGGCCCGGAGGCGUUUGCGAGAAAGUAAUUAGUGGGGUGACGGUCGUUGUUCGGGGCAAGAGAAAGAGAAAGAGAAAGAGGGCUCCGCCGGAGGUUUUAUAAUUAUUACGGUGACACGGUACGAUGGGCCGCGACGUCGUCGCUGCAGGCCACGGGGAUGAGGUAGCGGCGACGGCGAGACGGAGCAACGCGGGGGCGGAGGAGGAGGCCGAGGCUGGUAUCCCCAGGGGGAGGUAGCUGAAGGCAGCCGGCGAGGUGCGGGCGAGCGAUGCAGCGGCUGCGCUCGACGUUCAAGCGGUCGCGAACGCCGACGGGCGCCGAGAUGAAGUCACAGUCGAGUCUAGAGGUGCCGAAGCAGGUGAGGUCCGCCUCCUUCGACGAGAUACAGCUCGAGGCGAAACGGCAGGACGGGGCGCGGGCGAGGGAGCAGAGCCCCACCGACCGGGCCGCGGCGGCUUCCUGCAACCCCCAGCAACCCUCCUUCCGGUCGGCAGCAUCCGCCUUCACCUCCGCCGCCAGCAGCUCCGCCGCGAACAGCGACACCGGGGCCACGAUCGCCGCCCCGAGCCGUCACUCCCACCACGAGUCAGCCGUCAGGAGACUGACGACCCUCCGCGUACCCCAGCUACGGAGCAACCAGCGUUCCAAGAGCUUCGAUGCUUGCGGCAUCGACAAGAGAAGCACGGGGAAUCCUUCGCCGCCGCCGAUUUCGCAGACAUCCGGAUGCUACCAUUGCGCCUGCGUCGAGGAGUACGAGCGGCGGCAGGCCCGGAAGAACGAGGCCGCGGAAUCACCGUCUGCGAUUUUCGCAGCCAGGACUAUCUUCGACGCGCGGGUUGUGAGCACCGAGAAUGCUGAGGACGAUGAGGAGGACGACGAGAGGGAGGAGAACGAGGACGAGGACGACGAAGACCAUGACGAUUUGCAGGACCCGGAAGAAGACGCGCUCAGGUACCGCGAACGAUCCUCCGGGAGUUCCUGUUCACAGCAGGAUUCCCAGGAGAAGACGGACCGCGAGAACAGCCCGGAGAUUCUGGUCACCUUGACGAGCACGGACUCCUCUUAUCUCUCGACAAGACGGAGGUCGGUCGCCUCGCCCAAGCUCUCUAGACAGGAAGCGCUCACCUCGUUUCCCGCCGACCUGACCUCUACCCUGAGCAUCAAGGACCCAGAGGACGACGAAGGCGACGGCAGCUCCGAUCCAUCCGCGACCGACGUUGAGUCCGAGGAACGGACUGGACUGAGAGGCGGACGCCUCGUCGUCAGGGACAUUUUCCUCACCGUUCCAGAGCUGAAGAGGGACCGCGCAGCCUCCGUCGACUCCUGCUUCAACGGCAGCAAGGCCUCCGAAAAGACCGGAGAGAACCAGCAGGGCCUACUUGCCGUUCCUCAGCAGAGCUUGCGAUCGAAAAGCGUCGACAUCGUCCUUCCUACUGACGCCCAGACCAGAUACACCACCCUCCUACCAUCAAACGAGUCUCGGCAUUUGCGAGGAGGGAGAGAAGCGGCAGAUGGUGGGUCGAGUGCUGGCCAACAAAGAGAACCCCGAUCGACGCCAGACUGGGGACCAAGCGCGAUCAACGGGGAACAUCUCUGGGUCCCAACCGCUGCUUCCGGGGACUUUUGCUACGUCACCGACUGUUCCAAACACGGUCCGAGGUUGAAAUGCGCAGCGUGUCGAGUAGUGGCCCACGCCUGCUGCGCCACGGGACUCGGGUUUGCCUGCAAGCCUAGUUUCCGGGACGUUGGGGUGCGACAGUACCGGGAGCAGACGUCGACGCACCAUCACUGGGUGCACAGAAGGUCGCAGAAGGGUAAAUGCGCCAACUGUGGUAAAUCGUUCCAGUCCAAGCUCAGUUUCAGUUCAAAGGAGAUAGUAGCGCUGAGCUGCAGCUGGUGCAAGACCGCUUACCACAACAAGGAAGCCUGCUUCAACGUCCAAAAGAUCGGGGAAAACUGCGAUCUGGGUCGUCACGCUUCGGUGAUAGUUCCUCCCUCAUGGAUAGUGAAGCUCCCGCGUAAAGGGAGCUUCAAAAGCAGUCUGCGUAAGUCGCCCCAAAAGAAGAAGUCCGGCUCAAGUAGUGGCGGCUGUUUGGCCGGCACCGCCUCAACCCGAAAGAAGCUCAAGGACAAGGAUAAAGACAAGGAUCAGACCAGACUCUGGGUCGUCAAGCCCAUACCAACGGCCAGUGUCAGGCCCGUCUUGGUCUUCAUCAACCCCAAAUCAGGCGGCAAUCAAGGCGCUAAACUCCUUCAGAAGUUUCAGUGGCUCCUCAAUCCACGUCAGGUUUUUGAUCUCACACAAGGCGGUCCGAAAAUGGGGUUGGAGCUCUUCAAAAAAGUCCCGAACCUCAGGGUUCUGGCUUGCGGUGGCGACGGUACCGUUGGCUGGGUCCUCUCGAUCCUCGAUCAAAUCGGGGCAUCACCGCCGCCGGCGGUUGGCGUCCUUCCUCUGGGUACGGGAAACGACCUUGCCCGCGCCCUCGGCUGGGGCGGCGGAUACACCGACGAGCCCAUAGCGAAGAUCCUCUCGAACAUCGGGGAUAGCGACACUACGCUUCUGGAUCGGUGGCAACUGACCGUCGAGAGGAACACCGACGCUCCAAACGACGACGAGGCUGGUAAAGGGAAGGAAAACCUUCCCCUGAACGUGGUCAACAACUAUUUCUCCCUCGGCGUCGACGCUCACAUCGCCCUAGAAUUCCACGAGGCAAGAGAGGCCCACCCGGAAAAGUUCAACUCCCGUCUCAGGAACAAAAUGUUCUACGGACAAAUGGGGGGCAAGGAUCUCGUGCGCCGAAAGUGGAAGGACCUCUCGGAGUUUGUUACCCUGGAAUGCGACGGACAGGACUUGACUCCAAAGCUUAAGGAGCACCGAGUCCACGCUAUAGUAUUUCUCAACAUCGGAUCGUACGGGGGAGGAACUCAUCCCUGGGCUGCCGGGGGUGCCGGAAGUAGCGGGGGUGGCUCAGGAGGGACUGGCGAACCGGCUACCGAUGACGGACUGAUCGAGGUCGUGGGGCUGACGACUUAUCAGCUUCCCUUGCUACAGGCAGGCGGUCAUGGAACCUGCAUAGCCCAGUGCAGCAAGGCGAAGUUGGUAACGACGAGGACGAUCCCGAUGCAGGUGGAUGGUGAGGCGUGCCGUCUGCUACCGUCAACGAUCUCGCUAUCGCUGCUCAACCAGGCGACGAUGCUAGCGAAGCGAAGAAACACAGGAAAACCGCAGCAAAACGUCGGGGCAAAACUGGAGCGGCUAAAGCUCCCCGUUAUGAAGAUCAAAAUGUCCGACUACGAGGCAUACCACUCGGACAAGGAGCGACUAAAGCGCUCGGCUGUCUCUUGGCUCCCGGAUACCCUCGACCUGGACGCCACUCUGGACCUCGAAUCCCUGCGAGGAAUACUCGCAAAAGACCUGCCGAUGGACGCCUGUUGCUUUUUGGACUCUUGCACGGCGGAGCGAUUUUUCAGGAUCGACAGAGCCCAAGAGCAGCUUCACUACGUCACCGACGUCGCUGCUGAGGCUCUGUACGUCUUGGAGGAGGGACUCGCGGGGGUUCCGCACCAGGAAGUGGACAGUGUUGCUCAGCCGUCACCAAGCGACGAGGCAGCCAGGCCGGAGACCGGAAGUGUGGCCGAGGAGAGGCGGAUCUCACCGGGACGUGCGUCUCCCGUGCAGGACCAGUCGCGGUCGGCGCGAGAACCGGAACCGGAGCGACGCGCGUCGAGUCGAAGGGUGCCUGAGAUCGCGGUCGCCGGAACCGAGGAACCUGGCAAGCUUCCGGAUACAACGCCGUCGAACGGCGCCAAACCUACCACCAAGAAAGCCAACGACGCCUCGUCCGCGGCGUCCAGCCAAUCUCAUCAGCCUCUUGCUUUCGUCAGUUCGAGGGAUCGUUUGUUCGGACUAAGUGCCGAGGUGCAUGAGCACAGUCAUACCUUCGGCGGUGGUCUCCUCGAGAAGACGUGCGACGGGAUACUGAGGGCGGCAAAAACCGGCGACCUGCCGGCUCUGAAGGAUCUUCACUCCAAGGGUUACUCUCUUCUCUCGAUCGACGUGAACGGACAGACUGCUUUGCACCACGCCGCGAGGCACGGACACAAGGACAUAGUGAGGUACCUGAUCGCCUGCGCGCCUUCGACGAUCCUGAACAUGGUGGACAACGACAAGGGACAAACGGCCCUUCACAAGGCAGCCCAGCAGAAGAGGCGCUCAGUUUGCUGUAUGCUGGUGGCCGGAGGAGCGACCCUUACGGUUCGAGAUCGACACGGUCAUACGGCACGGCAGUUGGCCCUCAAUGCAGAGGAUCGAGAGCUGGCAGCUUACCUGGAGAGUCAGGAGCAAUUUCACCUGGUGACGGUGGACAUGGAAAGCGUUCUCUGACCCACCGAGCUUUAUGGUCUGGCUUAAGCGAGCCUGCAGCGAAUUUAAUCAAUUAUGUAUAGUUACAUUAUAAUAUUAUUAUAUAUUAUAUACACUAUCCACACGUUAUAAGGAAACGUGUGAUAAUAUUCGGUUAACGUUAUGAUAUAUAUACACCCGUAAAACACAAGUAUAAGGGUAGGUAUAGUAACAAUAAUUCCGACGAUCUAUUUUUUUUUUCUUUCGAUAAAAAAUAGAUAUAAUUUUCACCUUAUUCGAUCGUAUAUGAUAUAAAAGCACGCGUAAAAUCAUUUAAAAAAGGAAAAACCGAAGAUAAAAAAAAACAACUAAAAUAAAUAAAUAAAUAAAAAAAAAAAAAAAAAAAACACCCGCACGUUAUCAAUCGUUCGAGAAAUUUACUCAAAUUACGAGAAGAAUCGAAGUAAUGAAACGAAGAGAACAGAAUUUUAUUAAAAUUAAAUCAAUUAAUUAAUAAUAUAAUGUUAAUGAUAUUCAACGUAAAGUGUAUAAUAUUUCCUACAUAAUAUCUAUACUCGACAAUUUUUACUCUGCUCCAUGACUAAAUAUAAUCUGUUAUUGUAUAUUACAUAUACUUACUAUAUACAAAUUCGCGGAUACACGUUUGUUUAAAUACAUACACCGACGCUAGGCUGUGCUACAAAUCUGGGGAGCAGCUUCAGUUUAUAAUAUUCGUACGGUAUACGAAUAUACCAAAUUUAGGUACGCGGACCGUACAUCAGUUUACAUUCAAAAACGCGUGAGGUGAAACCUAUACAUAUAUGUAGGUAUACAUAUACGUAUACCUAUACAUAUACACUCUGUUGACAAAUGAAAUAAGUACGUAUAGUUCGGUACCAAAAAAAAGAAAAUACGAAAAAACGAAAAAAAAAAAAAAAUAAUUUGUGAAAUGAACGGGAUCAACGUGAGAACACCAAUUAAUUCUUAGAUGCGAUCGAUUGCUACGUAUAUCUUCUCCUAAAAUAUACAUAUACAUUAUAACAAUUAUAUAUCGUAUUAUUACGAAUUAUUACGAAAAUUAUUCCUUGAUAUAAAAAUUUUCUCAAUUUUCCUAUGACAAUUAAAAACACACACUAAUGAAAAACAAGGUUAACGAAGAAAAAAAAGUGACACGUAAACCUACACUUUAUAGUUACACAAUACGUAACAAUGAGAUAAUCGAAUUAAUAUUAUGAAUUCACAGAUAUAAAUUAAUACCAAAUUGAGACCGAAUGUAUCAUCGGCUUGAUUGUCGUAAAGUAGAUCAUCGAAUUCAUUCAAUUUCGACUUGAGUUGUAUCGAUUCUCCUAUUCUUAUACAUAUACCUUGCACUGUUUAAAUGAAAAAAAAAACGAAAAUAAGCAAGAAAAAAAAAAAAAAAACGAGAAAGUUAAACAAGAAAAUAUUUAACGAUACUUGUAUACCAAUAUAUUUGUUAUACAUAUAUGUACGUGUAUAUUACGUUUCGAGAAACGAGUACGCGUCCAUCUGUGCGUUAUUUUACCGCGUUUCAGGCUGACGCAAUUGCGCGAAUUGAGUUUGAUAGUUCAACAAAUGAUUCAGCAAAGAGCAGCGGUUACGAAAAUAAGCUCAAUUUCGGUUUCGAGCCUCGGGGAGUAUUUGAUUUUGAUACGUGUUAAGCAAGUGUCGGAAAUGAGCUUGCGCAUCAAUGAAUAUGGCAAAAUUUUUAACAAAAGAACGCGUCAUUGUAAAUUCCGACAAAAUAUAGAUUACGGUAAAAUAUUUUUGCCCAAAUAACGCAAGUCGAUUAAACAUAAAAAUGGUAUCACGAUUAUAUGCCGUGCAACUACUUGUAAUCAUAUAAUAUAUUUCGUCUAUAUUUUUUUGUACUUAAUACAUAGUGAUAUUAUUUAUUUAUUUAUUGUACAGAAAUGUGCUCGGGAGAGCAGAGAUGGGCGUUAUUCCUGGAACUUGUAUUAUAUAGGUAUCAUAUAUGCAUAUACAGACAUAUCGAUGCAAGUACAUAUAUUAUAAAUAUAUAGUACACUAAAAUUGUAUAUAGAGUAAGAAAUUUAACGGAAAUGCCUUCUACGGUCCACAUAAAGAUAUUAUUGUAUAGUUGAAAAAGACGCGAGAAAAAAAAAAAAAAAAUUUAGGAUAAAACGCA